AUAAGUUUUCUGUAACUUAUAAGUAGCCAUAGUAAUAACCAAGCAAACUAUUUUCAGUAAUAAUAGCUAACCAAACCAAUAACCAAAGAGUAACAGAUAAUUUACCAAAAUAGUUGGCAAAUUAGAGUAGAAAUAUAUAUGUAACUUCCAAAAGCAAUAAGAGAGAGCGAGUAAGGAAUCCCACCAUCGUAGAGUGAAAGAGGAGUUACUUAUUUCCCCGAGCCUAAAAAAAAUGUAUCCUGAGAUAAUGAAUGCAUUAAUUACUGAUUACUUUUACCCGUCUUGUAGUGUUUCAUUCUUUGUUUUUCUUUUAAAAAAUUAAAGUUUUCCUUCCAAUUUGUAAAUUUUCGUUAUCCCCAAAAUGUUUAACCAAUUCUAAAAUUUUUAUAUCCAUAUAAAAUAUGCUCACCUUAAAAAUUUUGCCACUGCCAAGGGCAAUAAAUAUUACUAUUGGUUGGAUAUAGUUAUGGUCAGUGGAGAUCCACUGAUGGAAACAGCAUGUGUGACAGAACUUAGCUUAAAUUUAUUGCACAGUACAUUAGAAUUGAUUAGUGAGUGUGGGUACUGUAUUAAACAAUGUUCCGAAGGCAGUCGAGAUUAAGGCGGGAAUUUCUUUUGAGCAAGUCUCAGAAAACUCGUUUUGAAAAGACGAUUGCCAAAAAGGAAUUGGAUAAAGCUUCUUUUCAUUUGGAAAAUUUAAAGUCAAAAUAUAAUCAAACCCAUAAGAAUUUCGAUGUUGAUCUAGGUGACGAUGAAUACAAAUAUGGAACGCCUGCAACCCAAAAUUAUGAUCAAGACAUCUCACAACCCUUCUGCAAGGUUAAAAUGUGUAAAGGAAUUACGACUAAUUUUCCAAAUGCACAGCGAAUGAAUAGAGGCAAAAUGAUUUAAGGCAAUUAGUAAAAUUAUGUGUUCUAACGAAGUGAUAUUAUAAUUGUACACGAACAUCGGGAAUACCUGAUAAUAUUGUCAUAAGACUUACAAACGGCCCUACCGCUUUUUAAUAUUUCUAGUGUUGUUAUGAGACAUGACGUACCUUUUAUUGGAAAAUGAGCGAACAAAGUCCUCAUUUAAUCUUUCACAAUUUUAAACUAAAAUUGGAGAGCGAGCAGUAAAUAUAUUAAACAUCUUUUUCCACGCGAAAGGGGAUUCUAAAGAGUAAUUACUUUCUAAUCAUGAUGACUUUAUAUCACUGCGUCAUCAUUUAUAUAAUUACAA